AUGGGUAUCCUACCGACGCCGAACCACCAAGCCCUGAUCCGGGACUGUUACCCACCGUACUCGUCGUCCUCGCCCGACUCGCUCCCACAACCCGUCUCGAACUCGCUCUCGAAACUCGCCUUUUACGCAAUCAACCGUCCCGCCAAACUCGCCAAAGUCCUUGCGAUCCUCCUCGAGCGGGCGAGUAAGGCGAGGCCAGGAGCCGGGUCGGGCAAAGCGAGGCAAGAGUUGGCCGUGACGACUGAGAUUGUGAGGGGAUUGGUUGUCGAGGCGGGAGAGAGUGGAAAGGAGGGGAGUGGAGAGCUCGUCAAGGCUGCGUUGGCCGAGACGGCGCUCAAGGUGGCGGAAAUGGCGUUGGGAGGGGCAGGUGGGGGUCCGAAUGCGCAGGUCAGGAGCGGCGGGAAGAGGGACCCUGAACUCGAGGCGCGCGGCGCGAGCUUGUUCCAUGCCGUUGCGACCUACUUGACCCCGCCGUUCUUCGGCUCGUACGACGGCAUGGGCAGGCAGUAUCUCCGCUGUGUGUCCCUGCUGUCUUCGCUCGCCCAGCUGUCCGGACGGGAGAACAUCGAAUCCCGCUACGUCGCGCUCAAAGCUCUCGAGGGAGCCGCAAAAUCCGAGUUCUUGUACACUACGGGAGGUGACUACGACACACAGGUCGGCGAGAUCGUCCCGGCGUUGCUGAGUAACUUGGCAGACGUUUCAGUGGAAGACUUGCGGGACGAGCAAUCCACGAUUAUGUCGUCGGAAAAGUCGCUCGCCCCGCUCGCAUCGUCCCUCGCCAGUCGCAAAACACCCUCGAUCAGUCCUCCCUCCGACUCGCCAAAACUCGUAUCAACCGCUCUUACGUCCCUCCUGCUCCUCUCCCGCCUUUCGACACUCCCGCAACUCCUCGCUCUCCACAACGCGCUCUCCACCUUCCUCGACCGCUACUCCCAUGGCUCGCUCUGGCACGCCUCGUCCCUAACUCACGUCCUCUUCUUCGCUCGAGCCAUCAUCGCUGCCGCGCCGUCCUCACACCGCGCACCAGCCGUAACGUGGUGGAGCGACCAGGUCGGCGAGAUCUUUGAAAACGAGUCGCCGCACCGGAGCGUCACGCUCCUCUUCGUCCUCAAGCACCUUGUCGAUCCCGAAGCGGACGCGCAUACCGGCGAAGGGCGCGAAGCCGGCGCCUCGCGCCUCGAAGGACUGAGCGCAGCGGGAAUCCUCAGCACCCUCGCCGACCUUCUUGUGCGCCGCGCGAGGCUCUCGUCGCCCUCAGCCUCGCCAAGCGCAUCUCGUGUCCACUCUUCGGCCGGCACGACGCGCGGCUUCGAUGCAGCAGACACAGACGACGACCCUCUCCUCCGGCCGAUCUUGACAACCGUUGGCGCGCUCGCUCGUGCGUCCGCGACGACAGGCUACGCGACGCAGCUUGACGACCUCGCCGGCGACUUGAUCGACCUGCUUCGGUCGCUCAAGAAUGAGGAGGGAAGGGCUGAGCGACUUGUUGGCGGCAUGAACGGCGAAGAGAAGAGUCGCGCGAAGGUUAGGGUCGUGAUGGCUCUCGAGGCGCUGUUGCAAGAGGCGCCGGCUGUCGAAGGAGCGGUCGAGACUCAGGAGGACGGCGCUCGCACGAUUCCGCCGCCCACGACCGUUGUGAACGGCGCGCCCGCUCACGCAGACGAGGAGGACGACGAGCGUAUCCGCCGACCGACUGCCGAUUCAGAUGGUCCUGCGGCAGCGAUCGGCGCAUAUGGUAGCAGCGGUCUCGUCCUCGGCAAGCCCAUCAACGGGUCAUCGACAGGCGACGUCUUCUCCGCCCCAUCCUCGACGACCAAAGAGCAGCGAAGGCGCGCCUCGGUCUCGUCGUCCAAGGCGACCGACGCGCCGAUCCUCCGCGUCCAAACACCCGGCGGCGCCUCGACCGCCCCAUCCGGCUCGCCGACUCACUCAACCGUCAACCGCCACCCCAUCUCGCCACGCACAUUCGCGCGCUCGCUCUUCCUCCUCCUCGAUUCCGACUCGCGACUGCGGUUCGAGUAUGCCCAAGCUGCGGCGAUCUACUGCAAGCGGGAGAUGCCCAUCGCGAAAGGGACGACGGACGAGUUGGCGUCGUUUGUCAAGCAGGUUAUGGCGGCUGUCUAUGGGUUGGCGAUUGGUGAGGUUGCGACUACUGGCUCGUCGGCGUUCAACAACGGCGAGCAGGACCAGGCAGCGGGCGGGCAUGCCUUGCACCGCACGAGGAGCGUGAGGAGUCUCCGAAGCCGCAAGUCGUUCCUCGACGACUCGCCGCAGAAACCUUCCGCUCCCUCCUCGUCUAGCGGCCAUGGCCCAACGGCGGCAGACUACUCCUCCCUCCUCACACUCCUCGACGCUCUCUUCUCCCGCCGCUCCUCCACCACGAUUGUCGAAGCCCUCCCCGCGCUGCUCGCACUCGACGCGAAAGCAGCGACGAGGUGGGAAGUUGGACUUGCGGGACAGGGAGAGUUGGGGAGUGCGGGGGGAGGGCCGGAUGGGGUUAGGGCGCAGGCUUGUAGGGAGCUUGCGGCGAGGGCGGUGGGCAGGAUUGGGAGGACUUGGGGGUUGGGAGAGUUGGUGGAGCUGGCGCAGGACGUCCUCGACACCCUCUCGCCCUCGGUCAUCCCCACUCGCGCAUCUCCCUCGUCCUCCUUCGCUUCUCGCGCCUCGCCGAACCCGGCAGCGCUCAACGCCUCUCUCGCUAUCGACAUCCUCGCAACUGACCGCGAGAUCCAGAAAGAAUCGUCGCUCGACCGAACUAGUCUUGCGUCGUUGCUUGGACAGCCGUGGUCUUACGAGACUGCCAAGGUGGAAGCCCUGUCCGCCGCGACUCGCUCGCCGUACUUGAGCGGCGCCCUCCCGUCCCGCUCGCUCGUCAAUCUCGGCACGGCGUCUCGUGCCGGCAGCACCUACCGCCUCUCGUCGCUCCCUCCGGCCUCGCCGCCGUCGACGACGCACGGACACGGGAACGGCGGGUCGUCGCCCGUCCUUCGGCGGAUGAGCGUCACCCCUUCGCUCGCCGACUUGCAAGGUUCGCUCGGCACAUCUCCUCGCAGUGCGCGGGGCAGCGCAGCGCCGAGUAUCUCCUCGAGCGCGUACGGGCUCGGUGCAGGCGCGGGCGGGAGCGUGUACACGCUGAACGACUUGAAGGCGGGGAUGGCGCUCGGGUCGGGGGUGCAGCAGCGGAGACGGACGAGUCGUGCGACGGUCGACAGCGUGCUUGACCGUGUUGGGAGGAGGAGCAGGACGGCGACGGGUGCGAGUCAGGCGUCGUCGUUGGGUGUCCCGCAGGUGUGA